AUGGGCUAUGCCCAUACGUCACUUGUCAUUAUUAUCUGAAUUCGCUACGAACCAAAAGUCCAAAACCGAGCUUCCCCAUUUCACUCCACCUUUGCACGCCAUGAAUCAUAAUAUUAUCAACUUCUCCAAAUCUCUUCUUCACACCGUCUUCUUAUAACAAGCAUUAUACACAGAUCUUAGCAAACUUUUGAUUCUUUUCUUCUUGGUAAAAGAUGGCUCUUGAAUAUCAAGAGGGAUACAUAAGGAAUUCAAGAGGGGUGCAGCUUUUUACUUGCAGAUGGCUGCCCUUUUCUUCUCCAAAGGCCCUUGUUUUCCUUUGCCAUGGGUAUGGCAUGGAAUGCAGUGAUUUCAUGAAAGAUGUUGGGAUCAAGCUAUCUACCCAUGGCUAUGCUGUGUUUGGAAUCGAUUAUGAAGGGCACGGGCGGUCAAUGGGUGCUCGCUGUUACAUCAAAAGCUUUGACAACAUUGUGAAGGAUUGCAGUCUCUUCUUCAAAUCGGUUUGUGCACAGGAGGAGUACAGAGAGAAGAGAAGGUUUUUGUAUGGAGAAUCUAUGGGAGGGGCAGUGGCUCUGUUAACACACAAAAUGGAUCCUUCUUUCUGGCAUGGUGCGAUUCUUGUUGCUCCUAUGUGCAAGAUAUCUGAGAAGGUGAAGCCACAUCCCAUGGUUAUAAGCUUGCUGACUAAAGUUGAAGAUGUGAUACCAAAGUGGAAAAUUGUUCCCUCAAAAGACAUCAUAGAUUCAGCCUUCAAAGACCCCGCGAAACGUGAGGAGAUACGGGGAAACAAGUUGAUCUACCAGAAUAAACCCAGACUGAAAACCGCUCUAGAAAUGCUAAGAACUAGCAUGAACCUCGAGGAAAGUUUGUGGAAGAUUACACUUCCAUUCUUCGUGCUGCAUGGUGAAGAAGAUACAGUAACAGAUCCAGAAGUGAGCAAGGCAUUGUACAAACAAGCCAGUAGUAAAGACAAGACAAUCAAAUUGUAUCCUGGAAUGUGGCAUGGUCUGACAUCCGGUGAGCCUGAUGACAACGUUGAACUUGUGUUUUCAGACAUUAUUUCUUGGCUUGAUAAGCGAUCUUCAAAUGAAACUGAUGCUACUUCCCAAUCCCAAGUAAUUCCACAAUUUCAUUCUGCAAUGUAAAGAUCUUAGUAAUAAUAUUUUUGAUAUGUUCUGUCACCUGUUUAA